CAGCUGCUGUUAUUAAUGGGCAGAGUCAGCUGAGUAAGUUAAGGAGCAGCAGAAAUGUUGGUGUUUGUAGUUUCCGUGUGAUCUGUAUGAGCUCAUAGUGGGGGUCAUGCCAACAUGGGAGGGAUCGGACCGUCAAGUGGACAGCUCUGUAGCCCGCCUGCCCGCCCACUGCGCUCCACUCCACUCCACUCCACACCGGGAGCAGCGCGUCAGGGCUGAUGCCAGCCAGCCGAACAUAGAUGGACUGACGGGGGAUGAACAACAAAAACAAAACCUCUGCGCAACUAGAAUAAAUCCCUAAGAGCUGCUCAGCGGGUGAGAAUAAAACUGUGUGACGCAGAUUUCUUACGGGUCCCGGUCCAGGUCAGUGCCCGUUCUGGAGACAACGAGAGGCGGACAGUGGAGUGGAAAAAGCUUCGGGGAGCGGACACAGCUGGAGCUCCUCUCCAUCAUCAUUAUAAAGAUCCAAGUGGACGAGGCUGCAGCGCCUUUGACCAAUCAGUGGCCUGUUUUGUUGUCCAGUGAUGGAUUCACCUACAGACCUUUUCGAUGACUCCUCCCCCCAGAUACGGACUUUUACUCCCGGUCUCUCCUCCACCGACCUCCCUGGAGUCCACACCGCUCCCGGCUUCAGACCCCCAGGCUUCCCCCUCAUCCACCAUCUCCUCCAGCCGGGCGGAGGCCCACGGAGGAUCCUGACCGCAAACCAGAACGAAGUGACUGCCACUCAAAUGGAGCAAGAAGAGGGGAUGAUGGAGGGAGAGGACGAGUUGACGGAGGUGAAAAGGAAGUGCAACGACACCGUCCUCAUGGCUGAGUGGAGUCAAGACGUCAUGAAAGUGAAAAGGAUGAAGCUGGAGUGCAGGCAGAAAGAUAAGGAGUUGGAGGACGGAGGGAAGAGGAGAGAGGGGAGGAGACGGGAGAGGGAGGAGCUGAAGGAGCAGCUUGAGGAGGCCAGGGAGAGACUGCAGGCCCUGCAGGAGAAAGUCUGGAGGGCGUUUGGGGAAAAGGCAGAGAAGGAGGAGAAGAAAACAAAGCGCCUAAGCGGAACCAGGUGUGAUGAAGAUGAAGGGACGGUGGAAGAUGAGGAGGAUGUCACAGGAGAGAUGUUUGAUGAAGAGGACAUCGAUGGCGCUGAGAUGGAGAAGGAAUCUUUCUCCCUGCUUUCUGUUUCCCAUUUUGACACCUUCCACAAACGGAAAGACGAGUUGCAAAAAGACAGAGAAAGGCGGACAGAGAGAGGAAGAGAAGGAGACAUGGAGGGCAUCAUGGAGGGAUCGAGACUGUGGCUGGAGUGCGGAGGUCUGACGAGGGGAGACUGGGACGGAGGCGCUGAAGACGAGGAUGAGGAGGGAGGACAGAAGUUUGCGCAGGCACUGAAGCUGGAGCUGGGCAGCGCUGUGGCGCGAGUCAUUGACCGAGUCCUUCGUCUUUACACGGAGAUGAUGGACCAUUCCUCCCCUCCUGCCACCAUCUCCUUCCAUCCGUCUGAUCAGGCGCAGGACGGAGGGAAAGUGAGGGACGGCUGGAUGGGACUGUUGACGAGAGGAAGAGUGGAGGAACCGAUGAAGGAGAAGGAGGAUGGAGACAGAGAGCAGCAGCUCAAGAAGUUGGUUCCUCCUGGACCAGAUCUGGCAAUGCCAUUGGCCGUUCACAGGUCACCUGACACGCGGAAGACCUUCCCUCUUCUUGGACCACCACUCUCCACCAGCAUCAACUCCUCCCACCCAAACCUCCCCCUUCAUCACCCCUCUUUGACCCGACCCACUCCUCUUCCUCACCCUCCACUCUUGCCUCCAGCUUCACAGCCCAAAGAGACUUCCUCCUCCUCUUCCUUCCACCCCUCUUCAUCAUCCUCUUCCUCCUCAUCAUCCUCCUUCCCUGCACCACCUCCACCACCUCCUCCUCCACCUCCGCCUCUUCCUCUUCCAUUACUCCACUACUCCAUGCAGCAGCUCUUCUCCCGCUCGCUCCACCACCCACAGCUCCCGCAUCUCGCUCCGUCUCGGAAGGACUACCUGAACUCCGACCCCUUCCUGGAGUUCUCCUCUCAUGCCUCCUUCCCUCCGCUCCCUUUUCUCGGACACCUGGACCCGUCGCUGACUCGCCACGGAGUCAGAGAGAGGGAGAGGGGGGUGAGGGGAGACGGGAGCAUCAGAGGAGGCGGAGGAAUGGACGGAGGAGAGCUCUACCUGACCGCCGGCGGGACUCAGGAGGGAUUGUCUCCCUGCCAUCUGAAGAAAGCCAAGCUCAUGUUCUUCUACACACGGUACCCCAGCUCCAACACGCUCAAGACCUACUUCCCUGAUGUCAAGUUUAACCGCUGCGUGACCUCGCAGAUGAUUAAAUGGUUCAGCAACUUCAGGGAGUUUUUCUACAUCCAGAUGGAGCGAUUUGCACGCCAGGCGGUCCGCGACGCUCUCACCCGGGACGGCGCAGCUCGUCUGGGCCGAGAGAAUCAGCUGCAAGUGGGUCGAGAUACGGAGCUGUACCGCAUCCUGAACAUGCACUACAACAAGAGCAACGUCUACCAGGUUCCUGAGAGGUUCAUCGAGGUGUCAGAAGUGGCUCUGAGGGAGUUUUACUCGGCCAUUUGGACUGGGAGAGACAGCGACCCCUGCUGGAAGAAAGGAAUAUAUAAAAUCAUCUGCAAGCUGGACAGUCCUCUGCCGGAUGCCUUCAGGAUGCCUGGCUGUCCGGUGGGCUGAGCUCUGCGUUUCUCCUCUACGUGAACUCCACUGCAUGCUCAAUCACAUUUUUAUCAAGGUUUAAACAAACUGUCAAGCUGUAAAUGAUGGGUCUGGUUCUCAGUUUGAGGUUAAAAACCAUUAUUUGGGACAUAAACACAGGACAGACAGUGGACGCGCUCAGUGCUCAAACGAGAGUCUUGUGACUGCACUUAUCCUGGCCAUACCGCUGAAUUAAAAGCAGGAAUUCCUUCUGCAAACAUUCCUCUGCAGUCAGGCUGCAAACCGCAGCUUUUCUACAUUACACGUUUGAUAAAACUCUCCUGAAACCGAGCGCUGACACAGCCUCGUAUUGUUCGUUCUGUCACAGAUUCAUAACGAGUCCCUCUGUAUGUGUGAGGCUGCGUUUCACUGACGAUUAGCUGGAAUUUUAGAGAAACAUUCGCAAGUUAUUCCAGAGAAAAUUUAAUUUAAUGCACCCGUUCAAUACUUCAUCUACAGACUUCAUUGGGAUUUUACGUGACAUCAACAGAAAAUAGUGCCCAACUGUGAAGUCAAUUUAAAUGGUUUAACAUUUGUGUUUACAAAAGGAAGUCGGAUAUACAUUUGUAUUCAGCCCACUUUGUUCAUUUGUUGUAAAUUUGUUCAACUGAGCCCAAUUGAGCUGCACAUCAUUGUCGAUCGAAUAAAUAACAUCAGUGUCACUACAAAUGGCAAACAAAAAAAUUGGACUAAUUAAUUUGCUUUAUUCUAUUUUAUUUUAUUUUAUUUUUUAAAUCUUCCUUACUGAUUACUUUUAAUUUAACAUUUUGGGCCACUUGACAAAAAGUUUAAAGGCUCUCCUGUUAUAAAAUCUCAAUUGUUUAUUUACAUAAAUAUCAAAUUUAUGCUGCUGAAAUGCAGUUUUUAAGCAAAAAUGGAAAGUCACAAUGUUUAAUCAUUCAGCACAAAAAGUGUAAGGGUUAAAACACCCGCAGCACCGACAAAAGUUUAAUAAUUUUCUCAUUUGAUCAGAGUUUCCUCUUCCAUAGACUCGCUGUGUUGCACAGCUUCAUAUUUGGUUGCCACGGGUUUUAGCCAGGUGUGUCAAACAUAUUUUCAUUUGUAAACACAAAUGAAAACCACAUAUCAAGAUUUCUUCAACUUCACAAUUACGCACGACUCUGUGUCGUCACAAACAAUCUCAACAAAAUACAAUGAAAUUUCUGGCUUCAAGGUUAGAAAAUGCGAAAAUACUCAGAGGAUGUGAUCACGUUAGUGGGGAAUAUCCUGGCUGGUUCUUUUAAAAGCUGAAAAGAUUGACUUUGAUUUCCUGCAGCUCAAAGACAAACAUUAACGAAAACACGUUCCUGUGAAUCCCUUCGCUAUCCAGUGGGAAAACAUCAGAGUUCAUUUUCUAUCAGAAUCCGUUUUUCUAAUUUCCCUCCAUCUGAAGCAGCUUUUAAUCUUCAUAGAAAGUAGUUCUUUGUGAUGCUGGACAAAUCUUUGAUUAUUUAUGAGAGUCUAGAAAUGUAUUGAUUAUCCUUCAAAGUGUCUUUGCUCAGAGUGUAACUACUGUACAGCUUUUGUGCAUGAUAAAUAAAAAUGUACUCAACAUGGAAAUCUGUUCAGACAUAUUGAAGUUGACAUAGCUGUAUAUUGAUGUCUUUGGUGUUUCUCUUAUGUACUCUUGAAAUAUUUUAUAUUCUUUGGACGUGAAGCUGAACUAAGUAAGUUAAAAUAUCUGAGCUUUUGUUUUGCAGAAUGGUUGUUUUAUAUUUUAAAUCUUGUAUGUUGUGAUUGUUUGAUCUGAAAACAAAAUAGCUUUUGUUGGUGUAAUUAUUUGUGACGUGAAUUCAAGUGCUUGUUUCCCAGAUUUGUAAUUUUAAUUUUUUUCCUUCACAUUGUACAGAAUGUGCUGCAGUCUUUGCUGUAGAUCUGUGCCUCAUUCAAUGAAUUUUACGUCUUAUCAGCUAAUUAAAGUAAUACCAACCUCA